GUAGGGCACGGGAACGCGAGCCCCGCAGCCGAGAGCCGAGUGACUGUUCCGCGAGAGAACUGGCGGUGGAAGAGGUCACAGGAGCAGGGUGCAUCCGCUAUGUUUUGUGAAAAAGCUAUGGAGCUGGUUCGAGAGCUGCACCGCGCCCCCGAAGGGCAGCUUCCUGCUUUCAACGAGGAUGGAAUCAGACAAGUUCUGGAGGAAAUGAAAGCUUUAUAUGAACAAAACCAGUCUGAUGUGAAUGACGCCAAGUCAGGUGGACGAAGUGACUUGAUCCCAACCAUCAAAUUUCGGCACUGCUCUCUGUUGAGAAACCGGCGCUGCACUGUGGCAUACCUGUACGACCGGCUGCUUCGAAUCCGAGCCCUGAGGUGGGAGUAUGGCAGCGUCCUGCCGAGUGCUUUACGAUUCCACAUGUGUGCUGAGGAGGUGGAGUGGUUCAAUCAGUACAAAAAGUCUCUUGCCACUUACAUGCGGUCCCUGGGAGGGGCUGAAGGCUUGGACAUCACGCAAGACAUGAAACCACCAAAAAGCCUGUACAUUGAAGUGCGGUGUCUGAAAGACUAUGGAGAAUUGGAAGUGGAGGAUGGUACUUCAGUCCUGUUGAAAAAAAAUAGCCAGCACUUUUUGCCUCGAUGGAAGUGUGAGCAGCUGAUCAGACAGGGAGUCCUGGAGCACGUCCUGUCGUGACCUUGCAUCCUGUCGUGACCUUGCAUCCUGUCGUGACCUUGCGU